CUUGCUGCUUUCUUUGAACUUAACAACAAUCACAAUCCAGAGGUUCACUCUGCUUGCAAGGACACUGCAAGAGAUAGCAUUGGAGUCUGGACUAUAGCUGAAGGGUGAGGUAAACAACAGGACUAUAAAUAUCAGAGUUUCUCUCUGUGGCUUUGUGGAGCAGCCCCAGCAAAGCAAAGAGAAAGGAAGCAGGCUGGUCCGAAGCGGGACAACCGCAGGAAUGUGGCGAAGUCUGGGGCUUGCCCUGGUUCUCUGUCUCCUCCCUGGUGGAGGAGCAGGGAGCCAGAGCCAGAGCUCCUUUUGUAAGCAACCCCCAGCAUGGAGCAUAAGAGGUCAAAAUCCCAUGCUGAACGCCACUGGUACAGUAACUGUGGUUGCUCUGCUUCAAGCCAGCUGAUAUCUGUGCAUUCUGCAGGCAUCCAGAUUUGAAGACCUGCGAGUAAAAUUGGAGAAAGAAGGCUAUUCUAAUAUUUCCUUUGUUAUUGUUAAUCAUCAAGGAAGUAAUUCUCGGUUAAAAUACAUACAGCUUAAAAAUCAGGUUUCAGACCAUAUACCUGUUUAUCAACAAGAAGAACACCAAACAGAUGUCUGGAGUCUCUUAAAUGGAAAUAAAGAUGACUUCCUCAUCUAUGACAGAUGUGGUCGUCUUGUCUAUCAUCUUGGUCUGCCUUACUCCUUCCUAAGUUUCCCGUAUGUAGAAGAAGCCAUUAAGAUUGCGUACUGUGAAGAAAAAUGUGGAAAUUGCUCUCUCAGGACUCUUGAAGAUGAAGACUUCUGUAAAAAUGUGUCUUUGGCUACUGUGGAAAAAACAGCUGAGGCUCCACAUCCACAUAAUAAACAACAUCACAAGCAUGGGCAUCAGCAUCUUGGGGGCAGUGAACUCUCUGACAGUAAGCAACCAGAAGCACCAGAUAAUCCUGUGCUUUCUCCUCUAGGGCAUCAUCACCACCAUGAGCUUAUGCCCAAGGGCCAACAGGGGCAGGGUCACUCAGAGAGCUGAUUUAUGUCAGAAAGUGAAGCUUUACAGCUUUCACUUGUAAGAAGGAAACUUUGCCAAAAGGGGUGUAAAAACCAGUUACUGUGUAAGUUUCCCACAGAUUCCCAAUUAGCUCCUAGUAGCUGUUGUUGCUAUUGUCGACAUCUGGUAUUUGGAAGAAGAGGGUCUGCAGUCACCUGCCAGUGUGCAGAAAACCUCCCAUCUUUAUGCAGCUGCCAGGGAGACUGGGCAGGGGAGAAAGUCAUUGAAUCUUGUCAAUGUCGAUUGCCUCCAGCUGCUUGACAAAUAAAUCAGCAGCAGAAGCCCACAGAAACAAACCGUGAUUGAAGCUGAAACAAUAGGGCACAAAAGUGAAAAUGACCUUCAAACUAAAUAUUUAAAGUAAGUUAAACUCCCCAAAUGAGUCUAGACAGAAUUUCAUUUCCAAAAUUUGUAUAAACUACCUAAUUAAUUAUUAAAUUAAUUGGAUUGUGCAAACAUCGAGAAUCUACUAGAUUGGCUUCUAAAUUUUAUGUCAUAAAAUUUUUGACUCAAACUACAUUUUUAUUAUGGGGAAACUGAAAUGUGAUUGCAGCUUUUGGUUAAUAUGUCUUUCUUGUGCUUUUUCCAGCAUUCUGUUUGCAUUAAUGAGAACAGAAACGUAAACUAUGACCUAGGGGUUUCUGUUGGAUAUUUAGUAAUUUAGAAUGGAGGAAGAACAACAAAGACAUGCUUUCCAUUUUUUUCUCUACUUAUCUCAAAACCAUAUUAUCUCUGUCUUUUUAAUCUUACAUUUUUAAACUGAUUAAACCUUUAGAGAAAGAAGUGAAUUUUGUUUCUUAACACAUGAAUAUUUUGCUAAAAAAGAAUAAUGACUACAUUUUUAACUGUCCUCUAAUUUUUCUAUACCUAAGUCUUAUAUCUUGAUUUUUACUAUUAUACCUAAAUAAAGUCUUUGUGUCUUAUUUUCUUUAUCUAACGUUAUGUCACACUUCUGAAUUUUGAAUGGCUAUAAUGGGAAAGAAAAAAAGAAAUGUCUAUAGACUGCUUAGAGAGUAUUUCCAUAGUCAAUGAUGGUUUAAUAGGUAAACGAAACCCUAUAAACUUGAACUCCUUUGUGGAUAAUACCAUUAAGCAAGAAUGUAGUAGAUGAUUGGCCAAGGUAUGGAUCUGUCUAAAUAAACUCAAUAAUAAAAAUGUU